AUGCCGACCAUGAUUCGUUGCCGAAAGAUAUCGGCCUGCAGAACAAUCGAAACUAAGUUCAUCCCGACCCCUAACUCCGAAGAAGAUGAAUCGAAUAUCGAAAUCAACUUCACUUUUUCUUUGACCGUGAUAUAUUUCCGGUGGGCCGUACGCGAAGGAGAGGAGCCACGAUUUUUGGGACGAUCGAUCGAACUCGGAAAAGAAUACCACCUCCGCUUGAGUAGCCGCCAACUGUCGUGCGAUUUCGAAGAAGCGCGGAUACUCGCGGAGGAAGAACCCAAAGCGAUGCCGAUGAGUUCCGCACGCAGUAAGCAGAUCGCGGGGUACGCUUUGGGCAAAGCAUGCACGUGGAUAGCGACGGAGGCCGCGGCCGAUCGGACGGCCCACGGUGUUUUGAAUCUUCACAUCGAGGCCACAUUGUAUCAUGUCCAUCUCGAUGGAAUUGUUAGUAAUUACGACGAUUACUCUCCUCUUCGUAUGGUUCCAACUGCCGAUUCGUCGAUCGCGGAGCUCAAAGAGGUGGGGCCCGCCGAUUCUCGCCGGAGUAUGCUUCUUGCGGAUCGUUGCUCGGUUUGCUUGGAAGACUACUUUUCCGGCGGCGGCGGCGAAGAAGUGUUAUUAUUAUCGAUGCCGUGUUCGCAUGUAUUUCACGGCGAUUGUAUCAAAAAGUGGUUGAGGACUAGUCAUUAUUGCCCGCUUUGUCGAUUCGAGAUGCCGACUAAUUAA